AUGGGUCGAUUGAAAAAACAUUUGUUAAUACGUCGUACUAAUGCUCGAAAAGCAAGAGGCAAUAAAAAAAACAAUGAUAAAGAUGACCUACUAAUAGUUGAUAAUGCAUACGAUUUAGAGAAUGAAGAAGCCGUAGAAACGGUCUUUGAAAAACUUAUUCAAAAUGCUUAUAACAUAAGUAAUGAAAAUAAAAACACACGCUGGAGAUAUACGGGAAACUCUGUUCGAACAAGACAACGGAAAUUACAAGAAAACCGAAUGAAUGCUAUAGGAAGUUGUAAAAUAACAGAGUUUUUUAGUCAAGCAAAUAAUACAAAUUUAAACAAUGAUGAAAUGACAAAUGAUACAAAUGAUGAAAUAACAGAUGAUACUCAAUCAGACUAUAAAAGUGAAACUGAGGUUAUAGAGAACUCAUUACAAUGGAAACAGAAGCUUCAAGAAACUAAAAAAAGAAUACAACAUUUAAUCGAUAUUUGUGAAACUUCAAAGACAGAUAAAGUAAAAUAUACUUCUGUCAUAUAUUAUAUAAAACUUCUUCAAAACAAUACUCCUAAAAUAGAAGCAAGCCGAAUUGUAGCCCAUAUUCAUAACGGGGGUAAGUACCGUGCUAGAUGUAUACGAGCAUAG